AUCAAUUUAGUGGGAUGAGGAAGUGAUGUAAUUAGCUAGGGUGCUUAAAUAGGGAGGUUUUUGAACUCUGCUCUCAUUCCACUUUUGGUUUUCUGUGUAUGAGGACACACAAGGAGAGCUGCUGGUAUACAGAUCUCUGAUGGGGACCUUGAUAUCACGUAAUGACAUGGAGGUUAUUGAUGUUACAUUGGAACGGAAGGAACACGAAUACAGCAGGGAUGACUGGAAUUUGUUGUCGUCAGUGGUGUCGAUGGCUGAUGCAUCAGUUAUCAAAAAGAAGAAGACCAAGGAUGACAUCUAUUGCUAUUCUCUGGCCAUGACUCUCUAUUAUGCUGUAUCUCCAUUAACAGUCGGAAUGUAUGCACCAUGGGGCAGAGAUACGGAUUUCCUUCUCAAAGAGGUUGAAUAUUAUCUAAGAGAAUUAACAAAGAAGGAGGAGGACGGAGUCAAUAAGAAUGGAGAGAACACCACUGGAAAAGACCUCAUGGAGGACAACCAAUUGAGAGGAAAGCAGGAAGCAAAUACUAGUGCUGCAGCUUGCCUAAAAUACAUAACAAAGAAGGAGGAAGAGGAUGAAGUCAACAAGAAUAGACAGAACACAAGGAAAGAAACUGAGACACCAGAGAAACCAACAAAAAUCACUGGAAAAGACCUCAUCAAGCUCAUCUUCCUUAUGAUAUUUUACCAUCCUGUCAUCACAAAGGAGCACAAGAAACAGAAUAUACAUUAUGUCUUUAUCCGGUUCAGUGCAUGGGAAUAUGCUGGCAGUAACCAAAUCUGGGCUGGGCUGGUUACAACCCUUUGUGAUACCAUUGAGAGUUGCUUUGGAUUGGUGCCCAUUAGCGUUUAUCGAGCAGUGGCUGGGAAAGAUAAAAUUAAAGGUGCACCACCUAAAGGGGAAUGGGUUAGUAAAAUGUUUUUAGGUAUCCCACUUUUGAUUGCUACAUGGCUAGUCAUCACCAUUGGGAUCAGUGUGAUUGCAUUAAUUUUCAUAUGUGGCUUUCCAACUGAUAAUCUCUCAGGAGAUAUGCUUGCUGUUGUUGAAGGUGUUCUGGCAAGCGUGGUUGGCAUCUGGGCAGCAGGAGCAAUUAAAGUACUUAUUGCGGUGAUUAGAAAUGUUGUUGUUACCCAGAAGGCCAAAGUGGAGCGGAAAAUGAAUCGUACAGACAUGAGCUCCCAGUUGGGCUUCAUGAGCGAUGUGAAGAGGGAGGUUAAGACCAUCAUUAGUUACCUGAAACUCUUGGAGGUCUUCCAAAGGCAGAAAAUUAGAGUCAUCCUGGAGAUUACAAACUUAGACAAGUGUAUGCCAGACAAAGUGGUAGGAGUUCUGAAUGCCAUGAAUAUUCUCCUCUCUGAUCUCAAUGCUCCAUUUAUUUCCAUCUUGGUCAUAGAUCCCAGAAUCAUCGUGGAAUGUGUUGAAAGCUCACACGAGUUAAAUGGCAUGGCUAACAAUGGCUAUCAGUUCUUAAAUCGGAUCAUAACAUUACCAUUCUGUAUCCCCAAAACGGACUGUAAGACUAAAUUGGUCUUCCUGGAUAAAAUAAUUAAGAGUAAUUAUGAGAUAAUUCAACAUAUAGCAGAAGAGAUGUCCAUGGACUCUGACACAGAAAAUGAAGAAGAUCAGAACCUGAAAUUACAAGAAUUAUGCAGUGUUGGUUCAGAUACGAAGAAAUCUGCAGAAAAGGAAAAAAGCAACAAAACACUGUCCGAGAAAGGAGAAGCAACAUUAUCCUUAAUAAAAGAAGCCUUCAAACACCUGUCAGAUGAUAGUAUAAAAGAUUAUGUUACUGACAAUGUCAUCCACAUCAGGAGGGUGGUGAAUUCCAUCAUCAUAACCAUCACAAUAAUGAUUAGGUUUAACAAAAAAACAAAGAUUGAUCCUAAGAAGGUGGCAGAGUGGGUGCUUCUGGCUACCCAAUGGCCCUGUCGCCUUAGUUGGAUAUUGCAGUGCAUAGAUGAUGAACAACAGAGGAUGUCCAUUUAUGAACAAGAGGUUUAUUUAAACUCUGCAACUCCACUCUGGGAUGUUUUUCUGAAGUCCCUGAAAGAGCUGGAUGCCAUUAAACCUAACCUAAAAAAACUACUGGAUCUGGAUGCGGAACCAGGGAAUUUCCAGAAAUUAUUAUCGAAACCAUUCACUGUGAAAGAUGCUAACGAUUUUCUGCCAUAUACUGUCAAUUUAGACUAUUCCAUUAAAAGACAAAUGGAACUUCUACGAGGCAGUAAUAACAUGUGGGAAUCCAAGGAGACCAACAGACUGACCAUGCCGUCUUUGCUGAACAAGAGCAUAGAGGAGGUCUGCGAAGAGAUGGGCAAGGUAGGUUUGCAGGAAGACAAACUUCCAUUUUAUCGACAGAAGAUUAAAGAGCACAAUUUGAAUGGCAAAGCCCUUUUCUACAGUGAUAAUAUGGAGAUAAAAAAAGCCCUGGAUAUGGGCCUGGGAGACUGGACACUAUUCAGGGUAUACUUCCUAGAAGUUCUUCCACCGUCUGCUUCUACCCCCGCACCCACCCAUGAUUAUAGCAAGCCAAAGGCUUGAAAACUUGGUGCUAAAUCCAAGU